AUGUUCAGUGUUUGUCCCAAGUUUGCCGUCAUCACUCGUACAACCUUUUUGUUGAAGGCCUGUAUACAAGUUUGUCCCAAGAACCCUGCAAAUUUCAAUGUGGAUAACGUAAGAGUUGCAAAGCUAUUGGGUGGAGGUUUGAAUAAUUCUUUAGUAGUCAGAGGUUUGGUAUUGAAAAGUGAUGCUGUGGGAACUAUUAAGAGAAUGGAAAAUGCCAAGGUUGCUGUUUUUGUCGGGGGUGUUGAUACAACUGCAACUGAAACUAAAGGAACUGUUCUUAUUCACAGCGCUGACCAGCUUGAGAGUUAUGCAAAGACUGAAGAAGCCAAGGUUGAGGAGCUUAUCAAAGCAGUUGCAGAUUCAGGUGCAAAGGUCAUUGUUAGUGGAGCAGCUGUUGGGGAAAUGGCAUUGCAUUUUUGCGAGCGCUAUAAGCUCAUGGUGUUAAAGAUCAGCUCUAAAUUUGAACUUCGACGAUUUUGCCGCACCACUGGUGCAGUUGCUCUUUUAAAGCUAAGUCAGCCAAAUCCAGAUGAUCUUGGAUAUGUGGAUUCUGUUUCAGUGGAGGAGAUAGGCGGGGCAAGAGUUACUAUUGUAAAAAAUGAGCAAGGGGGGAAUUCUAUUUCCACUGUUGUGCUGCGAGGGAGCACUGAUAGCAUAUUGGAUGAUCUUGAAAGAGCGGUUGAUGACGGUGUGAAUUCAUACAAGGCCAUGUGCAGGGAUAGUCGUACAGUACCUGGAGCAGCAGCUACUGAGAUUGAAUUAGCUAAAAGACUGAAAGAAUUUUCUUUGAAAGAAACAGGGUUGGAUCAGUAUGCAAUAGCAAAAUUUGCUGAAAGUUUUGAAAUGAUACCAAAGACAUUAGCUGAAAAUGCUGGGCUCAAUGCUAUUGAUAUUAUAUCAUCUUUGUAUGCUGAGCAUGCAUCUGGUAACACCAAAGUGGGCAUUGAUUUGGAGGAAGGUGCCUGCAAGGAUGUGUCUGCCUUGAAAAUAUGGGAUCUCUACAUCACCAAAUUCUUUGCUCUAAAAUAUGCUGCAGAUGCUGCCUGCACUGUCCUGCGGGUGGAUCAGAUCAUUAUGGCGAAACCAGCCGGUGGCCCAAGGCCGCCUGCACAAGGAGCAAUGGAUGAAGACUAAGUCGGCGGUGGCAAUAUAUAGUCGUUAGAUGUAUGCUGGUAUUGAGGACUGAAGCAUUUUAGAAAUGUUUU